CAAUUUUUUGUUUGCCGACCCCUCGUGGUGUUGUGUUGUCAGGUAAACGAACAGCUUCUCCUGGGUGAAUAACCAAAGAAGCAGAUCAUUUAAAAUCAUUGUUGUUCAACAAUGUGUUAGGCAUCUUUUAAAUACUAGAGACGAUUCCGACCUCUUUGAAAAUGGUUGUAUUUACGUGUAAUCAUUGCGGCGAAAGUUUGCAAAAACCACGUGUUGAGAAACAUUACGUUGUUCAGUGUAGAAGACCUAAAUCUUUGACUUGUGUCGACUGUUUUAAAGAUUUCAAAAAUGAAGAGUAUACUGUGCACACCAAAUGUGUUACCGAAGAAGAAAGAUAUUCUGCUAAGGGAUCUAUUCCAGGAGGAAUUGUAAAAAAGGGAGAAGUGAAACAAGAAUCCUGGACUGAAAUGAUUCGAUCAAUUGUUCAAACCGAGCAAAGUAUGCAGGCAUCUUUAAAAAACCUUUUUAACACAAUAUCGAAUUACUCUAAUGUCCCUAGAAAAAAAGUCAAGUUUAUUAAUUUUAUAAAAAGUUCUACGGGCGGCCGAUCCAAUUUUAGCGAUAUUGAAGCCGCUUGGGAUUUAAUAGAAAAAUACAAAAGUGAACAGAAAAAAAAUAAUAGUGUGCAAAAUGAACAAAACGGAGCAGAGAAUAAAAUUGAAGAUGAUGAAGAGGUGCCAAAGAAGAAAAAGAAAAAAGUAAAAGAAGAACCCCAAUUGGUAACUGAUAUAAAUGAGGAGACUGUAGAAAAUGGAACUAAACAUGAAAGUGACAAUAAUGGGGAGGUGCCAAAAAAGAAAAAGAAAAAAGUAAAAGAGGAACCCCAAUUGCUAACUGAAAUAAAGGAGGAAACUAAGGAAAAUGGAACAAAACAUGAAAGUGAGAAUAAUGAAGAGGUGCCAAUGAAGAAAAAGAAAAAAGUAAAAGAAGAAUCCCAAUUGGUAACUGAUAUAAAGGAGGACACUGUAGAAAAUGGAACUAAACACGAAAGUGACAAUAAUGGAGAGGUGCCAAAGAAGAAAAAGAAAAAAGUAAAAGAAGAACCCCAAUUGGUAACUGAAAUAAAGGAGGAAAUUAAGGAAAAUGGAACAAAACAUGAAAGUGAGAAUAAUGGAGAGGUGCCGAAGAAAAAAAAGAAAAAAGUAAAAGAGGAACCCCAAUUGGUAACUGAAAUAAUGGAGGAAACUAAGGAAAAUGGAACAAAACAUGAAAAUGAGAAUAAUGAAGAGGUGCAAAUGAAGAAAAGGAAAAAAGCAAAACAGGAACCCCACAAUUGUACUAAAAUAACGACAGCAGUUACAGAAAAUGGAGUAGAACAUAAAACCGACGAUGAUUAUGUACCAGAAAAGAAAAAGAAAAAACUUACAGAGGAACCCCAAGUGGAAACUGAGGUAAAGGCUGAAUCUAAAUUCAGUUUCAAAGAAAUAAUUUUGAACAUUUUAAACUCAAAAGGAAAUAUUUCCACAAAGAAAUUGCAGAAAAAAGUUUUAGCGAUUUAUUUAAAGGAAAUGGGAAUUUCUGAAAACACAGAAAAAAUAAUUAAGAAAUACAAUCAAAAAUUAAAGAAAUUGCCAAAUGUGAUGAUACAAGAUGAUAUUGUUUCUUUAGUUGCAAAUUCUGAGCAGCAAUAAAUACAUAUUUUAAAAAAAUA